AUGGCGAUUGACCGAGUCCCGGUGCCUCGAGAGGGCACCACUUGCCCGCAGCCGGCCACUUGGCGCCCAGUCCGACCUCACAACGCGCGGAAACUUGCAACUCUUGGCCGACUGGCAUCUGCCAGGGCGUCUGUAGACCGCAUCAGUUGCCCACCCCCACCCCCACCCCCGAGGGGAACCCGUCCUCGUGUCGGCCUUUUCUCUGCCUCAGCAUAUUCCGCUGGCAAGAAGAGAGAGAGAGACAUAGAAAGCGAGAAAGAAAGAAAGAAAGAAAGAGACAGCCUACGGAAAGAAUGA